CCUUAAAAGAUACAGGUUGUCCUUUGCAUCAACAACUGUGGUUUUUUCGGUAGUGCAACCACCAUGAAUAUGUGUUCCAAGUGUCACAAGGACAUGAUACUGAAGCAGGAUAGGGCAAAACUUGCAGCUGCAUCCAUCAAAAACAUCAUAAAUGGAAGCUCAAGCAGUGAGGAAAAAGAACAUGUUCUUACGGAUGCCAUGAACGCACAAGUCAUAUCUGCAGAAUUAAAGGUUGUGUCUGCAGAAGCAUCUUCAGAUUUAACCUCUCAAUGUCCAGAAGUAAAGCCACAAGAGGGCCCAAGUAAGUGCAAAGCUUGCCGUAAGCGUGUGGGUUUAACAGGGUUCAGUUGCAAAUGUGGAAAUCUUUUCUGUGCAGUUGAUCGUUAUUCAGACAAACAUGACUGCCCAUUUGAUUAUCGGAAUGCUGGCUGUGAUGCAUGCAAUAGCUAA